AAAAUUCGUCAGGUCAGAACAGUGUCCGACACUCGUUACUGCAGGGCAACGGUUUACUUAAUUAUUAUUAUUAUUAUUGUUGUUGUUGUUGUUGUUAUUAUUAUUUUUCAACGAGUUUCUAUUCAAAUAUUUUUUGACGUUGAACGUGCGAUCGAAGCUUCGAGCUACGUGCCGAUCGACGGUGGCAAAAAAAUCACGUUUUUUUCACAAUCUCUAAUCCGUUUUCGAUCAUCGCAACGAUGACAGUAAUUUCGAACGAGAGUAACUUGGAUCUGAGAACACCGAUUCAGCAGUUCUACAAAGGACAGAAUGUGUUUAUAACUGGUGGCACUGGAUUCCUUGGCAAAAUCCUCAUCGAAAAACUUCUACGUUCGUGCUCGGAUGUGUCGUCGAUUUAUAUUUUGAUCCGACCCAAAAAGGGGCAGGACAUCCAUCAGAGAAUCGAAUCGAUAUUCGACGACCCCAUAUUCGAGCGUUUGAAAAAUGAAGUGCCAAAAUUUCGGCACAAAAUAGUUGCAGUCGCAGGCGAUUGCGCCUCGCCAGGACUCGGAAUUUCCCCCGGAGACAGAGAUUUACUUUUGCAAGAAAUUUCUGUGGUAUUCAACGUUGCUGCAACCGUUAGAUUCGACGAGAAAAUAAAACUAGCAGUUGCCAUUAACAUUGCUGGGACCAAAGAGACUCUCGAACUCUGUAGACGCAUGCAUAAUCUCCGAGCUGUUAUUCACGUGUCGACUGCAUAUAGCAAUUGCAAUAGAGCGGAUAUCGACGAAAAGUUUUAUGAACCACCGAUGUCAGGUGACAACGUUAUACAGCUGGUACAGAGCCUCGACGAUGGAAAACUCGACGUCAUAACUGAUACACUUCUCGGUGACUUUCCAAACACUUAUGCUUACACCAAAUGCAUCGCUGAACAAAUCGUACAACAAUAUGGAAAAGAUUUGCCCAUUGGAAUAUUCAGACCAGCGAUAGUUAUUUCCUCGUACAAAGAGCCAGUUGAAGGCUGGGUCGAUAACGUUUAUGGACCAACGGGUGCUCUCGUUGGGGGUGGAGCUGGCUUGAUAAGAACCCUCAACAUCGAUGAAAAUUGCACCGCAGAAUUGGUCCCUGUCGACACAACGGUUAAUGCACUUAUCGCUACAGCGUGGGACGUGGCCAAUAACAAAAACGAAGCUGCUGAUCCACCAAUCUACAAUUAUCAUUCCUCCUGGACGAAAAGUCUGACUUGGGGACAGUACAUAAAUCUUGCCUUCAAGCAUGGCAAAAGAAUACCAAGUGCCAGGAGCAUUUGGUGCUACAGUAUAACAGCAACGAAGAAUUAUGCCUUGUUUUAUAUUUUGAGUGUUUUGCUCCACGUGUUGCCAGCUUUACUCGUAGAUGUUGGUCUUUUCGUAGCGGGGCAAAAACCCAGGAUGCUGAAAAUCUACAAAAAGAUUCACAAAUUUUCGACAGUGACAACCUACUUCAGUACCAACAAAUGGUACUUCGGUUACGGAAAUACCAAAGCAUUGUGGGAAAACCUGACGGCGGAUGAUCAAAAAAUAUUUUACUUCUCAAUGAAGGAUUUCGACUGGGACGAAUACAUGCGAAAAUGCGUAGCAGGCUUGAGAAUCCACGUGUUCAAAGACGAUCCGAGCACGAUUCCAAUGGCGAGAAAACGCAUGGCCAAAUUCCUACUUAUGCACAAGAUCAUCAAAUGGGCAUCGAUUGCAUUCGCAGCAUGGUUCGCGUACCUGUUUUUCACAAUGCUCGUUUCUGCUGCUUCGACGAUGAGGACAUUCGCUUCCGUGAGUGAGCAUAUCGGUGAACGAUAAGAUAGAAUGAAAAUAAAGUAAAUGGAGAAGACCGUUUUCAUCAUUCAUCAUUCGUCGCAGAGGACACUGACUCGUAUCGAGUCAAAGUACGAAAAUCUUCGAAUCCACUCGUGAUUCUCUAAGCGGACAACUGCUUUGAUUAAUGUCGUUUUCGGUCGUUAUUUAUUUUCGAAAAUGGGCUUUAUUUUGUCGGGAGAAACGUUGACUUUGUUCAAGAUUCCAGCCAACAUUUAUCUCCAUGAAAAGUAUAAUGAAAUAAACUUGAAAAAUUCGUGACAACGAAUUUUAAUAAUCCCGCAGACAUUCGUGGCAUGAUUUUUCGUCACUUUUCAGCACAUUUUUACAUAAAUGUCUUCGACUUCAAGUUAGACGAAAAUCGUCACUCGAAAAGCCAAAAAAAUGUUGUUCGUUAUUGGACGUUUGUUAAUGCGUUGCUCGAGCGGUAUUGUUGCCACAGGUGAACGCAGUUUUGUACAGAGUAUUGAUGUGUCUAGUUCGUAAGACUAAAAUUGGAUUGUAGCAAGAAAAAUGAUUAAAGAACGUUGAAAAAGAAA